AUGGCCCAGGAAAUCAGCGACAUCAAGAAGUUCAUCGAGGUCUGCAGGCGAAAGGAUGCCUCCUCCGCCCGGAUCAAGAAGAACAAGAAGACCUCUUUGAUCAAGUUCAAGGUCCGAUGCUCCAAGCACCUGUACACGCUGGCCCUGAAGGACGCCGAGAAGGCCGAGAAGCUCAAGCAAUCGCUGCCCCCCAACCUGCAGAUCAAGGAGGUCACCAAGCGUGAGAAGAAGGUCAAGGCAUAA